GUUAAUUUUUCAAUUGGUGUUAUCAACUGUAACCGAUAUUUUUGAAUAGCGACAGUGUAUUUAUACGUUAAGUUUACAUUAUUUAAUGGUUUUGAUGAACUUUGUAACGAAUUUAAAAAUCGCGACAUUGAAGUACUUAAGCUAGAAAGAAAGUGUUGAUUUUGUUUACUUAAGAUAAAAGUUAAAUUUGAUCUUGUUUGAUUGUGGUAUAUAGAACAAACACAUAUAAGGAGAAGUUUUCUUUUUAUAAGUUGUUUUAAUUAAAGUGACACCACUCUGUUACAAAAUGGUCUUCUUGACACGAUGUUGAAAGAAGUGACAAAUUUCAACAAUCAUUUGAUGAGAUUAAAAGAAAAACAUUAGGACCUCGUAUAGUGAUUAUUCAUGAAAAAAGAUAUGCAGCGGUAUCAAUCGUUCUUCCUGAAGAAAGCAUUCUGUUGCCCGAAAUAGAAAUGCUGUGAAAAACCAAUACCAUUAAAGUGUUUGUCAACCACUCAUAGCAGGACACAUUGACUGUGGAAGGAAGGGGAACUACAAACAACAAACAUGCCUGUAAGUGAACUGAAUCUCAAGGUCAACUUGACCUAUGGAGAUGACUAUAUACAAGACCAAGAUACGAGAGCUCGUCAGCUUAUGUUUAUAUUCUGGGGUAUUAUAAUGCCCAUAAUAAGUGUCAUAGGAUUCUUUGGGAACAUUCUUACCAUCAUCGUGCUCUUCCGACGUGAGAUGAAAUCGACGACAGUCUAUUUCUUGCGAACUUUGGUUGUAACUGAUACCGGAAUUAUAGUUGGUGCAAUUAUGGGACUUUCUGUAAUAUCAAUAACACAACUUAACCCUGAUAUGUGGCUAUUCACGGAUGUUAUAUACCCUCACAUUUUUACACCGACUAAUUAUAUUGUGAUGACUCUACAAAUGUUAAAUGUUUGGACCACUGUUGCCGUGUCGGUGGAACGCUAUAUUGCUAUCUGUCAUCCAUUUAAAUCAGUUAAAAUUUGUAAUAAAAAGAACGCCUAUAAGAUGAUUGGAAUUAUAACCCUUAUAUCAUUAUUAUACAACAUUCCUAGGUGUUUUGCCACGUGGUUCACAGGUUGUGGUCAAACCAACGGCCAUGCUUGUUACACAAUAAUAACAACCCAAUUUGGUCAAAGUGACUUUUUUGCAGUUGUUUACAGUGUGUGGUUAUAUAUGAUACUAAUCUAUAUUAUACCGCUCGUGUUGCUCGGUGUUUUAAAUACGUUACUAAUUUUGGAACUAAUGCGCAUGCGCAGGAGAAGAAGUGUGACAAAUAUUCAAGAAAACAGCGAGGCAAAUAUGAGCAUUGUACUAAUUCUCAUAGUGAUUGUGUUUAUAUGUUGCCAAACACCAGGACUGGUCGCACAAUUCGAGUUUUUAGGCCCUGUUGCCUUAUUGCAAUGGACCUGUGUCAGUAAUACUCUGUUUGUGCUAAACUCGUCUGUGAACUUCUUAAUAUACACAGCAGUUGGUCGAAAAUUUAGAAAGAUUCUACUUAAAACUUUCCAAGUACUGGUAAAGCGCCCGGUGAAUGAAUUGAAAACUUCAUAUUCUCAAGGGAACGGAGGAACUGAGCUUACGAAACUUACCAAACAACAAGUGACAUAUGACUCUGAAGAGUUAUCUGACGAAACAUGUAAUCUAAAAGGCUGUGGUCGAUAGCUGAACAAUCGAGUGCAAGUAAGGCUUUAGAUAAAUAUAAAGAAAUAUAUCUUUUAUGGAAAUACCAAUCGUGUUAGACUUUGAUGGGUUGUCUAAAAUGAGGACUGGUGUGUCAGCAGUAGUCAGUGGCUGAACAGUGUAAAUGUAUUGAAUAACACCUGAUACAUAACCAAAGGGUGACACGUGAUAUUAAAGAUGGCAAAGGAUAUUGAAAGAUACGUUUUUAGAGCGUGUGUGACUAGGAGUUGGAAAAAUAUUGGAUUAAACGGCUUGCUUCACAGUGUUCAAGACUAAGUCACAAAUCAGUGAAAGCAGUUAGCAUGCAAAAUGUGGUACCAUAAAAAUAAACAUAAUUUUAGAAAUAUAAUAGAAAUAAAAUGCUAGUAAUUUUACCAAAAUCGUUUAUACUUAUGAGAUGAUACACUCGCUGGACAUUUUGUUAUGUGAAAAGGAUUUUAAAAUCCUUUGACCUCAUAUGUUGUAGCGGCUAGUGGAAGAGGCACGAAUUGAUUGAUGAGUGGAUAUGAACCUUUAAUUACGUAACUUAGAUAGCGACAGAGGCAUAUCUGUAUAUUCGAAUGCCAAUUGAGGGAAGUCACAAUGACGUCAGUGAUUUCUGCGUCAAAAUGACGAAUGUUUCUAUUACGUCAUUAGUUGAAUCAUGACGUCAUUCUUGCUAUUUGUGAUAUAUGCUCGUCUUGCUUGUUUUAACAUGAAAAAGCUCAUUUGCAGAUUUAAUAUCGCAGCUAUGCAAAGUAGAUCUAUUAUUUUUCUGCCUCUUAAUUACUGGAUUAUUUCUAGAAAUUAUAAACAAACGACUAGACGUUUAAUAAUUUUUUAUUCUUUUUAACUUUAUUGUUUAGCUCAAUAUUGACAAAUAGACAUAAGUUAAACCGAUUCUCUUGCAUAUGCACAGCGGUUUGUAACUUACUAGUAGAUAGACAAGUAGAUUCUAAAUAUUUUCCUUCUGAUUCAGAUUGAAUAACAUAUGAGGUUAAUUCACGGUAUGUAGUUAUUUUCCUCCAAGCAAAAGCAAAAAUAUCGGUUGUAUGAGAUAAACUGAUAUACUUAUCUGUAAAACUUGAUGCAAUGUUGUAUAAACUUAUUUGGUAAUUCGAGAAUUUUCUCGGCUGGUUAAACAUACAAUGAAGACAAAUUAGUACAAAUGAUCGUUUAACAGAGACAGAUUUGUCUAUGCUAGAUAUCAACACGUUAUAUGUUUUGUGCAGUAAUUUAAUAGCAUGACAUCAAAUGAAUCGAACUGAAAUGAAAAUGUGGUAAUAGUUCUUUUCUUAUACAGUCAUGAUGUUAUAACGAAAUGACUUAUCGUAACAUAGCCAUAGUGAGGACGGUUUGUUUACAUCUUUUUCUCAGAACUAACUAGAGAAUUGGCGGGGAAAAAUUCAAAAAACUGCAUUUGCAUAUUUAAACAUUCCAACAUUACGUUGAUAAUUAUAAAAUUACAUUUGUGUUCGUCUGUAUAUGUUUGUUUUUGUUAUUGAUAUUUGUGUUCAGUAAAGAGAUGUGUAAGCGGAUAUUAAUGAAACUAUUUCAUUUCAUCUUUCAAAAGCGAAACCACACUAUGUACCAUUUUCGGUAUUUUUGUAAAUAGAUUGAAAUAGGCAUUUUCAUAUGUCAAGAAUUUGUUUCUAGUGCAACACAUGAUUAUGAACAUAGCAACAUGAAAACGGACUGAUUUCCAUAAUGGCAUUUUCUUUAGAAUAUGCGAUUGUUUUUUAUAAUAUUAGACUCUUAAUAUGUAAUCAUAGAACAAAUUGUCAUCUGCAUUUUUAUACGCCCGAAGGGACGUAUUAUGUUAUACCCCGGUGUCCGUCUGUCUACCCGAGCCCACAUUUGCAUACUUAGGUGGCUAUAUGAACAAUAGGUAACUGUACUUUUUCUUUGAUGUCAUUCAUUCCGUAAGGCUUUUAUGUGGCUAUUUUUCUUUUACAUGGUUAAAAGAACAAUAGAAAGAACGAAAGAGUAGCCACAUAAAUACCCAUAUGUAGGAACAUCAGUCUGUCCGUCCGUCUGUUAGCAAUUUCGUGUCAGCUCUGUAACUCUUAAACCCCUUGAAGGAUUUCAAAGAAAUUUGACACAAAUGUUCACCACACCGAGACGACGUGCAGAACGCAUGUUUCGGAUGACUCCGUCUCGCUUCAAGGUCAAGAUCACACUUAGGGGUCAAAGGUCAUAAAUGACUUUGCUUUUUGUAUAUUGCUCUGCAUUGCAGUGCCCUUGUUUUUAUUUGGCAGAUCCCUUUUUUGUUCACUUACAAUAUUUUUUUUAAUUACCUCCUUUUUCUGUUACUAUAAAUAGCUUAUUUUGAAACUAUUUUAUUAUUGGCCGUAGGGAAAAACCGAAACCACUUGUAUGUGGUACAACAUGGAUGGCACCUCCAGUUUUAGGUGUAUUUUGACAUGCCUGUACCUGGUAAGGAUUUUUUUGUGGACUUGGAAUAUUUGUUUGUGGACUUAGAAUUUUUUUUGAAUUUCUUCCCUAUGUUGUUCCUUUCCUUUGGUCUUCAACAGUCAAGUUCUUUAAAUUUUGCUCCCAUCCUCUGACUUAACCCUUCGGGCGUAUAUUGCCCCGCUUGGCGGAGCUCUUGUUAUAAAUUCUCAGAACUCGUUUUAAUUCAAAACAUGUGUCAGAUGGCCCAUACUCCCUAACAAGUGUUUAAACACAGCAGUACGUGGUAUGCAUAUAUCUAGAUAUAUUAGAUGGGUUAAAUGACAAAAUUCAUAAACAUAAUAUUAUGUUUAUCAGGCACAUAUACAUGUAUGUUAAAUAUGGUCACACUUUCCUGUUGGAAAGUUAUUUCUUUCUGCUUACACCUAAAAAUGAUUCAGCUCUUUUUGUUUUUUACUUUUGUUGUUAAUUUUAUAUAUAUUUUUUGUAUUUGAUAUAAUUGUAACGAUCGUAGUUGAAGUCUAUUUCUGACCCUUUUGAACGAAUUGAUUUGUCAAUUUAUCAAAGGUGCAUAUUAUCAUACCUGUCUACAACAUUGGACUUAAUAACGCCACGAUCUGUAAUGAAAUACCAUCUUGACAUUUAAUGAUUGUCAUUUUAUGAUUGUCCUCAAAACUGAUAGCUAAUUAAUCGUAUUGUCUUAUUAUAUUCUGAUAAAAACACACAACCUGCACAAAGUUAAUAUUUUCGCAUGUUUAUUGCCACAUCUAUCUUAAACUGAAGAAGUGCAAAGAAAACUCCUCUGUAUACAUGUGCUAAAUAUUUUCUCAUGUCAACUGAAAAAGUAAGAAGAAAACCUCCUCUUACUAUAUACAUGUGAUAAAUAAUUUAAUGUAAACAUCUUUCUGUCUAGGACUCUCUAUUUUGCUUUCAAUUGCUGAUAUGGUAAAUCAUAUUUGUGGUACUGUAUAUAGAAUGCAAAUUUCAUUUAAUAGCUACACGUUAUUUUCGGUAAGAUUCAAGCUGAGUUUUACAAAUUGAAACAAAUUGUUUAGGUUUUUAUAUGACUUUCGAGUGGAAACAGUAUUCAGUCGAAGAUUAUUUCUAAAUCAAACUUGACAAAUUGAUACGUAUUGUAUAGGUCAUCACUUGCAAAAUUAGUCGAAAGUACUGCAGCAACGUUUAAUCUCAAUCGACUUCGACAAAUUCAUACAUAUUUUAUAGAUUGUUACUUCGAAAUAAUAGAAAAGACAACAGUCAAGUUGAUAUCUCAUUCUGUUUUUACAAGUUGGUACAAAUUGUAUAGUUUAUUACUUGAAAAAAGAAGCCAAAUAAGUAAAAUAGAAUUCUGUUAAACUAGAGACAGCUCGGCUAAAAGACUUUAUAGGAUAGGAACACUUAAUUUCAUUGAGUCUAAAAGACAUUGACUGAAACAUUCGUAAUAUCUGUUAAUAUCAAAAGGUAAGAGUACAUUCUCUGAACAUUCUGAGGACAGACAAAAUCCUACGGACAUAACCAUAUAAGAAUAUAUCAAUAAUGUAGCAGAUUAGUUGAGAGUUAUUUAUAACAACUUACAGAAUUAUUAUCGAAAUACGAAACCAUUGCGAACAUUAGAAAAUCUGAAACGUAGAGAUAGAUGAUUGCGGCAUUAAUAUGUUAGCCUCCUUUGAAGUCGAUGGAAUCUAAUUCACUUUCCUUGGAACAGAAAUAACACAAUGAUUUACACUCCGUAGAAUAAAGAUAAAAAGGCUUGUUUCCCUUUCAUCAAAAUGUCUAAGCCUACUUUCUAACGUUAUUAACAAAUUGUUCGUCAAAAAAGGCGGCCCUUUUGUUUAAGAACAAUUAAAAAAGAAUUUGAGUUAAAGAUGUAAUACGUUAUGUCAAGUAAAAAUCUAAUUUUGAGUUAAUCUGUUAAAAGCCAAUUUUAAAUGUUGAAAGAAUGAAUUAAACGUCUAGUUUAGUAGUUAGUAACCAUUAUAAUGUUAUCAACUAUAUUCUGUUGCGAAGUACUACAAUGCGGUGUCUUUUCUUAGGAACAUCUAUAUGAUAAUUUACAACACAUUCUUUCAGUAGCAUCUUUUGUGUGGUCCUCUUUCAGCUUUGUUUUGGUCGCUAGUAAGAGCAAAAUAAUAUAAACGACUUAUUCUCAUAAACCACUUGAUGGAAUUUCACCAAACCGCACUCAAAUUUGUUUAAAUAUUCCCACUUAGUUCGUUUUACUGAGACGUCAAGAAUCUUAAUUCCUUUAACGUAGAAAUAAUAAUAUACAGUCAUCCAUUGUGACGUUAAUGAAUCAAUAAUAUUGUCUAUUUGCACGUUUAAUUAAAUGCAUAGGGUCAAUCUAAUAUCAUGUAAACACUUAAAUUGAAGGAAAUCAUAAAAUGUUUUUCAAAUCAUGUUGUUAUACCUGUUUGAAUAGACUUGCCUAGCAUUGUACAUGUAGAAAUUUAGUAUGUCGUAACUGCAUCUGUUUUCAAGUAGCUGUUGAUCUAGUUUGUAAACAUCAUGACUUGUUUCAAAUAGUUCCUAUCUUUGGUCAAGGAAUUUCUUACCUAACUUAAAAAUGAAAUUGUCAAGUAAUCGUGAAAUGUUUUAGGUGUCUGUUAAGUAUAUAGUUACAUUUCAAAGUAAUGUUGAAUAAUUGUUGAAACUAUUCUGAAGGUGUUUCGGAAAUAGUUCAAGUAAGUUCGUCAUUUUGGUCUUAAAGGUGGUUAAUCAGUUUUUGGUCAAGUAAUGGAUUUGUUCAAACGUUUAACAACAAUUCAUUUACAAUAUUUUGUGUUCACUGAGUUCUUAAUAUACUUGAAAGUAUUUUUAAAAUUUUAUUAUCCAAUCCUGGUUUCCCAACCAAGAUAACGUUAUUUUAAACAUACGUAUGAAUUCAAUAAACAUUAAGGAAAUAAAUCAAAUAUUUACUCAUACACUAAUGAGUUCAUGCGCAUCCAUUGUUGACAUUAUUUAUGAUAGAAUCGUAUGUCGUUUUGGCAAUGGUUGAGAACAAACAUUUUCAUAUACAAUGUAUGUGUUGAUAAGUACAUGUAUGUUUAAGAAUGUGUGAGUUAUCAUCUCAACUGUUGUUAUGUUUGUUAUAAUUACUCAAAAUAUUUUGAAUUAAAAUGUUAUAUUAUCUUAACCACAUAGUCCCUUUAGAAAUAGCUAAUUGUGUAAAACUUUAUGAUUUUUUCGAACUCGGUCUUCCAUAAAUAUUUGCCUGUCGUAUGAAGUUGAUGGUAAUCUAUUCCUAAUGAAUAUCUAGAAUGAGUGUAAGUAAAUGGCGGUCAGUGUGCAGUAUGUCUCAGAAUUUUUUUAUAGUUUUGCAAACUAAGACAAAGUCAUGAAAAAAGUAAGUUUGAAAUAGCUUUUAUGUUUAGAUCCGACAAAAUUAUUUAUAAAAAGAGUUGUUGAUAAACCACUUUAGUAUAAUUAUACCAACGAAAUACGCCAGAAGUGUAAGAACUUAAUCAAAAUCAAACAGGAUAAUACUUGUCGUUUUAAUUUUUGUUCAAAUCUCAUUGAAAUUGUCUUCAUCUGUUGUAAGGUCUAAUUUUCGUGAUAUUUCUGAAAUUUCUAUCAAACAUUUUUUUUGCUUGCCAUACGGGGCUUUUCUAUGUUUUCGCCUGAGCUUGAAAAAAAAAACAGCAACAUGUUUUGCACAAUGGGGCGAACGAUUUACUCAAGGGCUUCAAUUUAUAAAUGAAUGCGUAAAUUCAUACGCUAUUUGACUAAUGUACAAUACUAGUUUUAUUUUAUUGCAUGGAUAAUUUGAAGAAAACGGUUUGCAAAAAAAAAAGAAAAAGAAAAAGAACACAAUACUGCUUGUAAAUGUGCAUUGAAAUAUCUGGUUCUCGGGUAUCUGAUUCUGGUUGCUCUACAGAGUCUCGUUACCCUCGCCUAAACACUCGAUCCGCAAUUAUUUCAAUCCGCAACUCGAACCAGAAAGUUUUGAUCUCUGUUAUCAGUUGAUAUAAAAUGCUCUACAAUCUAUAAAACUUUAUGUAUAAUUAUGUGCAUGGGGACUUAAAGUACUUUACUUUCGUGAAAGAUUUUUUAAGAUAGCAUGUACAGAACACUUCCUGUUUUUGCAACAUAUUGGCGUUGCAAAUUAAAAUUUGCGGUCAUUAAAUAUCAUUAACAGAAGUAGCUGUGUAUGUAUAAACACUUUGCACUCAAUCUAAAAUGCUCAUCAAUGUCAGAUUUGUUUUACCUGUGAAUAUGUAUGCAUUGUUGAGAGAACGUGAGAAUGAAAGCAGACGUAAUUGUUAGGUCUGUAGUUGAACGUUGGUACUCUUAUAAUAACUCUAUGCCAAAAAAACUGUGAUUUUCUGUCUUGCAUAUAUGUAUGCGUGCAGGCGACGUUAUCUAAAUAAAUGUGUCAAAAAAUA